AUGUCGUCAGAUACCACCAGCGCCAUGAGCACGCCUGGCCACACGCUCUGCACUUGCCACUCGGCUGCGGAGGGCAGCAUCUGCCUUGAAUACAACGGAAGGGUCGACGCCCCUGCCGACAUGGGCCACAGCCACUCAGGUGAGCCGACGGUCCCGGUCGGCGCGCCCAGGGACAACGACGCCGACGACAGCGAUGCCUCGGCCGGCCCGGUCGUUUCCUCCGGCCAAGUCCUCCACCAGGGCGCGUCCGGGAACAGCGCCGACGAGCCUGGCCCCGCGCUUCGUGCCAACCCGGUCUUCCCUGACGGCGGCAAUCCAACCGUGUCCGCUGAGCGCACGGAAGGUCCUCGGCCGGCUGGUGCCAUCGUCCAUGGCGGUACCAUCGUCCACGGCGGCACCAUCGUCCAUGGCGGUACCAUCCUCCAUGGCGAGCGCCUGACUGAGUCCACUCUGGCCUUGUUUGAUGUGGUGAGUAGAAACGUCCCCGACCGCAACGACACUCUCCUCCGCGCCUCCGGUGCCAUCGUCACGCCUACCAGCGGGCCUCGUCACCACAUGCCGAUCCUGCCUGGCCGCACCUCCAGCCUUCAGGUCAGCCCCGCCGGCUCGAGCCGCGGGUCACCGGCCAGCGCAAGGAGCGAUCUCGCCCCGGGUGGGGUCGCUUUCGGUGACCCGUUGGCACUGGCCGGAGCCGGCCUUGGGGUUGGCAUGACAUUGGCGUACCCCCCCGAUGAAGACUUCUUCCGUGACCUUGACGAGACCCUCGACUAG